AAAAAAAAAAAACUCCAUGGAAAAGCUUCACUCCCGUAAGCUUCUUCUCCACCUCUGGCUUCUCUUACCUCUCCUUUUCUCUUCACUUCUGCUUCUCUCAUCAGCUUACACAGUCCCUGAUAAGUACUUCAUCAACUGUGGAGCGUCCGAGAAAGUGACCACUAACGAAAGCCCGCCCAGGAACUUUGUCGGCGACCAAGAUUUCUCAGGUGGAAAAGGCAAAACUGUCGAAAGCAGCAACUCAUCAAUAGACACUCUGUAUCGAACAGCAAGAGUUUACGAAAGGACAUCUUCAUAUGAGUUCCAAAUCAACGAGAACGGUACAUACAUAGUACGCCUCCAUUUCUUUGUUUUCUCUUCGUCUCCUGAUCUGUCUGUUGCUCUGUUCGAUGUUUGGGCUUCUGGGUUCUCACUCUUGACAAAUUAUAGCACCCGAAACAUAACUACUUCUCCAAGGAUUGAGGAAUUCUUGCUCACCAUCCCACAAGGAAGUUUUAAAAUCUACUUCAUACCUUCUCAGGAGUCAUCUUUGGCUUUCGUAAACGCCAUAGAAGUCUUUCUUGCCCCUGACAACUUCUUCGACGAUAACAGUACCAAUCGCAUAACUUCUGCAGGAGUUAAUGUUACCUACAGUGGUUUGAUCUCUCAGGUUCUACAUCCAAUCCAUAGGAUCAACGUUGGAGGUAACUAUAUCAACGGUGAUGAUUUAUGGAGAAAUUGGGUGCCAGAUGAUAAUUACUUGGUACUCAGACCGGCGACUAUGAGUAAUAAUUCUGGUUCAACGCCUAAUUACCAGAGUGCAGGGGUGACAGUGUAUAUUGCCCCAACUCUUGUCUAUCAGACAGCCAAACAGUUGAAUAAAAAUGCUACCAACAAUUCCAGUGUUUCAAAUGCAACCUGGAGUUUUCCCGCCAAGAAGAAUGCUACACACUUUGUUCGGGUCCAUUUUUGCGACGUAGUAAGUACUACACCUAAUGAUUUGUGGUUCAAUCUCUCUAUCAAUAGGAACUAUACUCAGACGAUCAUUCCUUAUGAUAGAAUUCAAUAUCUGGCUGCUCCAUUCUACUUGGAUUUUGUGGUUGAUCCAGAUUAUUCAGGAUUUAUGAAUGUCAGUAUAGGCGCGCUUGAGAACUCAACCAUUCGUGAUGCCUUUUUGAAUGGACUGGAGAUUAUGGAGUUCAUGAAGAAAUCAAAUUCCACUCCCAUGGAAAUUGAAUCAAAGAAAAAAUUCUCCCCCGUUAUAAUUGGUGUUGUAAGUAGUGGGGCAUUUGUCAUUUUGGUAGUGGCGGUGGCCACGGGUUUGAAAUGCAGGAAACGAGAGCCCGAUCAAAGUUUGGUAGAGCUUCUUUAUGCAGGGUUUAAUUCUAACAACAAGUCGACUGAAAGUUCUAAUGUGUCCCUUGCUCCUAAUCUAAACCUCAGUUUAAGGAUAUCUUUUGCUGAAAUACGGCGCGCAACUGAGAACUUCAAUGCAAAACAUUUGAUUGGUAAGGGUGGAUUUGGGAAAGUCUACGUAGGAACUCUUCGGAAUGGUACGACAGUGGCUGUGAAACGAAGUGAAGGAGUUGGGGAUGGGCAGGGUCUUCAUGAAUUCCAUACGGAGAUCAUGGUGUUAUCUCAAAUCCGCUACCGCCAUCUUGUAUCUUUGAUUGGGUAUUGUGAUGAAGGGAAUGAAAUGAUUCUCGUUUAUGAAUUCAUGGAAAAGGGGACUCUCAGAGAUCAUCUCUAUAGUAAAGACGGUGGUUCUGAUAAAUCAUUUUCACUAUCUGAAUUGUCUUGGACGCAAAGGCUUGACAUUUGCAUUGGUGCGGCAAAGGGCCUAGAUUACCUGCAUACUCAGGCAGGAAGAAUUAUACACCGUGAUGUGAAGUCAACCAACAUUUUGCUUGAUAAAGAUUAUGUGGCUAAAGUUGCUGAUUUUGGGCUUUCAAAGUCAGGGCCUCCUGAUCCAGAGCAUUGCACCAUGGCUGUGAAGGGUAGUUUUGGCUAUUUUGAUCCAGAAUACUUGGCAACUCAACAGUAUACUGAAAAAUCUGAUGUGUACUCCUUUGGAGUUGUGCUUUUUGAAGUUCUUUGUGCUAGACCGCCAAUUGACAACUCGCUGCCAGAGGAGGAGGUGCCCCUAACUGAUUGGGCGAUGCAGCUGCAUAGGAAAGGCCAACUUGAGAAAAUUAUUGAUCCUGUGCUAGUUGGGAAAAUAAAACCUGCUUCAUUGCGAAAGUUUAGUGAAACUGCUGCCAAAUGUUUGAAGCAAAAAGGUAUUGGGAGGCCUAAUAUGCGUCAAGUGGUAUAUGACUUGGAAUAUGCACAGCAGCUUCAAGAACCAGUAAUGCAGAGAGAGCAGGCUGAAGUCACCGGAACUUAUAUUUCUUCGUUGGACGGGUUUCAGUUUCAUGGUGCUUGGAAUUUUCCUCUUCAGGAAGAUGAUGAAGCACCCAUUGAAGGGGAUGAUGAUUCUGUUUCAGCGGCUACCGAAACUGUGACAUCUAAAUCCAACUGAGGAUUGAUAGACGGUGCCAGACAGUCUGCAUUAUUUUUGGGGUAAAAUGCUAUUAGUCUCUAUUAUUGUCGUCCUUUUUUUUCCCCUUUUCCUAGCGCUUAAUUUCAAAACUUGUUGAACAGAAGACUUCUAUUUUCUAGCAUUACUACGCAGAAGUGGGUUGUAAAAUAUCAUGAUUCCUAUUUGCAUGUUUCACUUGAAAAUUGAGAGGAUCA